AUUUGCUGCAGUUAGCCGAGAGCUGAUUUGGAGGCGGAUCUCACGGGCUCGAGAGAGCUCAUCAAGGGCGCUGGAUGUUCCGAUCGCAGGGCAUGGGCGAGGCGCAGGCUUAAGGAGACCAGCCAUGAGCAGCAGCAGCGGCAGCGGCAAUGCAGCUGCAGGCAUUGGGCGUUCUACUGGAGGUGCUGCUGCUGCUGGCGGGGACUUGUUUGGGGCAGCUGGAUGUGGUGCUCACGCGCCGGCCCCCGCCGGCAAGCUCCCACACCAACGUCUCGUUCCAGUUUGAUGUCUUGGAUGGGAAAGGGCGCCAUCCCUGUGCCACAUUACCAUGCUCCAUUCGCUGCAGGCUGGACCAACUCGCGUCGGAGGAUUGCUCGGGCCGCGCGGGAGUGUCUUACAGCAACCUGCGAGACGCCAGGCAUACGUUUGAGGUGUCUGUCAACACGUCGACUGGGCUCCGCGCCUCUGCGCACUACUCGUGGAUCGUAGACACGAUCGCUCCCACAGCCGCCAUAGUUCCCAGCCAGACCUUCACCAACGGUUUCAAUGUCGCUGUGCGUUUUGUCUUCAGUGAACCCUGCAUCGCGCCCAAUGGUUUGCAGUUCUCGUGCGCAAGCGAGUCGAGCUGUCCCCUGGUGGUGCGUGGUCCGGGAGCUCUGCUGCCCUCAUCGUUCAAAGUUAUUCGUGACAACGUCGAGUACAGCUUGAGCGUCUCCCUCUCCAACUCCACCGCCAAGGGCCGGAUCCUGCUGGUCAUGGCCAAAGCUCUGUGCUCCGAUGCAGCCGGUAACGUGUUCGUCAGGAGCAGCAACUCGGUUGCCAUUGUCCGCUUUGAUCGCGGUGCCGUAUUCGUCAAUCUGUGGACGCCCGUCGCCGACUCUCUCCUUCUUGUGAACAACGUGGCGAGGACAGUCGAGACCACCAACAGGGUGGAGGAUCUCAAAAUCUACCUGGAUUUUACGGAGCCCGUGCUGAACACAACACAGCAGCUGUCCGCGUUGCUGCGCCCCAACCUUGGGGUGCUUGAGCCUACCAGACGAAAGAGUCGAGGCAACCGAAGGUUUGCUUUCUUGCUCACGAACAUAUCGACUACGAGUGCUGUCAUCACCGUGGAGCUGCAGUCGAGCCUUGUUAUCAGCAGAGCUGGCUCCCGUGUGCAGCCCGUAGCCCCAGCCAGCUUCUUGUUUGAUCAAGUGAGGCCUCAAGCUCUCGUUAGCACGCUAUGGACGUCGCCAGCUAAAACGAGGAACCGUCUGUUUCCAGUGCUGAUCCGGUUCUCGGAGCCGGUCUUUCAGUUUACAUCCGCAGCUGUGUCUACAGAAGGCGGAAGAGUUUCCAGUUUCAAGGAGUUGUCUGAGGCGACAUAUUUCCUGGAGGUUACAAUUACUCGGGAAGAUGAUGUUGUCUCAGUUUUUGUUCCAGAGAAUGCUACAACUGACGUUGCUGGGAACACAAACUUGGCAUCCAACUUGUUGCGAGUGAGGCAUUACACUGUACCUCCCAUAUCCGGCGCACUCUAUUCCUUGAUUUCUGCUGGCUUGCUCGCAACAGCGGUGUUCUCUGCAGCCCUCUCCAUCUCAUGUGCAAGCUUAGCAGCAGCCGGAGCUCUAACCAGCAGCACCGUCAGUGCUAUUGUCACAGAUCCUUCACGAAAUCUGCUGGGAAUGGUCGGUCACCUCCAGGUAUUUGCUCUGUCCGAGAGACUGACCGUUAGGAGCGUGCCGCGUGAGUAUUCUGAGAGCGUGAGGGGACUACGAUGGCUCAUUCCACACGUCAAAGUCCCAUGGGAGAAGGACCGACCGGUGUCUGAUGCGUUUGAUAUCGACUCGCAGCCCGCUCCAUCUUUGGUCGAGACAAGGUGGCGGAAGCUGCACGCUGCCAUGCCAUUGCAUGGACGAAAGCUUGGCUCAAAUUCGUCUACUUUCGGACCUCCUCUACGAGCUGCCGAAUACCAGAGCUAUUUUGAGAAACCGCAAACUACUUCUUCUCUUCAAGACUUGCUGAGGCGCAAGUACACGGGGUGGCACGAUUUUGAGAGGAAUGUGUUUUGGUUGGCGGUGGCUGGACUGGCUCUCACACUUGUUCACCUGGCUACGUUGACGUUUCUGAGAUGGCGAACCAAGACAUCGGUGCGGGGAGCCCUCACGGUUCCUAGAUUCGAGCUCUUCUUGGCCCUGCUUUCCUUGCCUUGCAUCACGCAAGCUUGUGCAUUCGUUAUAUCGGGAGGCAGCGUUGCUGGGAUUGUGGUGGGCGUGAUACUUCUGGGAUUGCCUGCCGCGUUCAUGCUGUGCGUCUCUCUCUUCCUGGCCGUAGGGGUGGGCAAUGCGGCAUUUGUACAGUACCAAGAGGUGAGUUUAGUGGGGAGGAAGCAGGUCUCCUGUCAUGAAGCAGUGUUAGCGUCCGUGGUUGGCAAGCGGACUUUUGGGAGGUGGGUGCGCAAGGCGGGGCUGUCGUCUACGUUUCUGCCCAGGUAUGGGUUGCUGUUUGAAGACCGUAAAGGUCCUCCCAAAGUGGUGGUGGUGGAUGCGGAGCAAGAGGCGACGGCAUGGGUUGACAGUGGCUCCAACGGCAUUGGAAGGAUGAAAGGGAUCAACUGGGAGGGCGAGCAGGCGGAGCACGCCGCUAAAUGGAGCAGGAGAUGGUCUGUGGGAGCAGCCAGGACGGCUUACAUCGUUGUGGACAUGCUCCGCCGGGCAGCCCUGGGGAUCCUUUUUGGCGCGUACCCGGCUGCAAUUGGUGGUGGAACAAGCCAGGUUCUGAGUGCGCUGCUCAUCACCGCGUCCCAGCUGCUCUACUUGAUGCUGCUCAAGCCUUUGAUUCGGCGGGGCGUCCACGCGGUGGAGGCGGUGUCGCUGGCGUGUGAAGCGGGAGUCUUCGCGACUGCUCUUGCGCUGUCAUGGCAUCGGUAUGGCAAGGCUAGUGCAUUUGUCAUGCUGGCCUUUCUGCUCGUCACCUUCAUAGCGCAGCUUGUGAAUGAGUGGUAUGCACUCAUGGGACUGCUGCUCCGCCUGCCAUCCGCGGAGCAGCCGUCGCUCAGCCUGGGGCUCAAGAUGCUGCUGCGGGGCCUGCUGCUGCCGUUUGUCCCCCGUUCAAAGUGGUCCAAGUUCGUCACCCCGCACGCGAACAGGCAGCCGGCGACUGGCCUCGCCCCGGUGGUGCACUUCACUAGUCCGUCACCAGACUUCCAACAAGCACGGUCCAUACGGCCGGAUCAGGCCGGAGUGGAGGUUCCGGCACCGGAUCCACAGCUGCCGCGGUCGCCAGCGGGAGGAAACAAGAAACAGACGUGGAAUGAGUGGGUGAGAUCGCUGUCCUUGUCGUCGUCGGCGCGGCCGCAGGAGGAGACACUCAAGGUGUUGCGGGAGCUCGCCAGAGCCAGCUUCCCGGGAGGAGAUGAAGUGCGGGGCAAGCAAAAGAUUGGCUGUGGGAGCAGUGCGGAGGAAACCACGUCGUCGUCGUCGUCGGGCGGUGCUGUUGCCCAGGAGAGAUGAAUCCUCAGAAAAAACGCGAAAUGAAAAGUUUUAGCUAGGGUUUAACUA